AUGAUGUACAACGACACUUCGCUGGAAACAAGGGAUACACCGAUUGUUGCGCUCGUCAUUAUGCUGUCGCUAUGUCUGUAUAUCGUUGUGGCAAGUAUAUUGAUUAUCAUUGCUGUUAAAGUCAACAAGGAGUUACACAAUGUGGGUAGUUACUUACAAAUCAAUAACAUGUUGGUAGCUCUUCAGACAACCGUGAUUACUGUGCCUCUCCUCGUUCGCAUACUUGCUACUUGUGGAUUUUACGAUUAUUGGAGUUGCGUGCUAACUUACUGUUUCAUGGUUUUCUCGUUUUUGAACAAAUCGACAAAUUUAUUUUUGUUUGUGGUAUUAGUAUUCUAUCAACUAAAGAGCCCCUUCCAGUCGCUAACGGACACGACAACCAAACGGUUUUGUAGCGCUGCUGUAAUAAUGUGGACAACAACCGGGAUAUUCAGCUUCAUCCCUUCAAUGGGAUUCAACAGUUACUACGACACGCGUAACGAUGAUGACUUUGUAUGUCUUCCCUUUAGUGUUCCAACUACUGCUCAUUUCUUAGUGUCGGUGUACGUCAUUGAGGUACCGUUCGUCGUAGCAACCUGUGUGAUUGGCGGUAUGUUUCUGCGUCUGGUAAAUAAAGUGGCGAGCACGUCGACGUCAGAUGCAGGCGGACUGUACGCAUCCGGGAGCACUAAGCGUAAACUGGCGACAAUAGUAAUAAUUAUAACGUUCGCUCUCUUAGUCGUCUGGUUGCCAGCCAUGAUAAUAGCUCACAUAUCGUUCUUCUGUCCGUCAUGCGUGGACCAUUACAAGGUGUUAUUCACAGUAGCAUGGGUAUUUACCAUUAUAUCUACGCUCCAACACUCGGCGCUAUUAGAUUGCGAGAGAUUCGUGGUACGUUGA